CUGCCACGUGUCACCUGUGGGCAUGCGUAGUGGUUCGGUGCUGUUGUCGCUCGGAGCGAGUAGGCCUCGUUUCGUGCCGUAGCCGGUGUUUCUUGGGGGGGGGAAGGGUGUGUGUUUAUUUGUUUCGUGUAAGGUAUGGCUGGUUGGGCAGGAUUUUCGGAUGAGGAAUUAACACGAAUAAAGCAACUAAAAGGUCCAUUAAUUUCAGAAAAACCAGAAAGAUUUGAGCAAACACCCUCAACAAACAAAAGUCGUCAGCAGCUUCAGAGGGAAAGAGUGUUACAGCAGCUGCAUAGUCGCAGAUCAACAGAGCAUAAUCAAGUUGAUCCAGAUCAACAAUUGUCCAGACUAAAGAUGAGACCACCUGAAACCACAGAGGCAUCAUCAUCCAAGCUAGAGCCAAAGGAUGGUCAGAAUGAAAGUGAAAAACAAACUGAAACAAAAGUAAGCUGUCAGACGGACACAAAUGGACCCAAAGCGUCAUCUACAUGCCAAGAGUUGUCAACAGAACAGAUCAAAGAAGUGGAAUUACGCGAGAGAUCAAAGCUGGAACAACUGCAACUAGAGCAGCGAUUAAUGGAAGAGAAGAAUAAACGCAAGAAAGCUCUUCUAUCAAAGGCCAUUGCAGAAAGAUCAAAGCGAACCAUGGAAGAAACUGUGAAACUGAAGCAAAUCCAAAAGGAACUUCAGACCUUGGAUGACUUGUUAUCGAAUGAUGUUAACAUCUUACGGGAUCGGAUUGAAAAGACCAGCUUGGAAUAUUAUCAGGCUAAAAAGAGGUAUGAUAAGGCAGAAGUGGAAUAUGUUGCAGCAAAACUAGAUCUGUACAAGAAGAAUGAAUUGAAGGAGCAACUGACUGAGCAUCUGUGCACCAUAAUUCAGCAGAAUGAGUUACGCAAGGCCAAUAAACUGGAGGAGCUGAUGCAGCAAUUGGAAAUAGAGACCGAUGAGGAGCGGCUGGCACUGGAGAUUGAAGUGGACAGUUUACUAAAGCAACAGGAAAUGUUCCAGGGGACUGAUCAAGUUAAUUCAAGUGAUGAGUCAGCACAGCAAGCUGUUCAAGCAGAUCAUCUGAAUCAUAUGGUUAAGCAGGUUGAAGGAAAACAGAUCUCUGGUGAAGAAGUUUCAAAGGACCAAAAUAAAUCUCAGUCAGAGAACUUGUACAAUAGAAUAUCAGAGAAGAUUGUGAAUUGAGUUUGUAUAUUUGUGCUUCAAAAAUGGAUUUGGGUGAGAUUGAUUUUGGUUUUCAUGAUAUAAAAUCAUUUAUCUGUUGGUAAGCUUAAUCAGCACCACCAAUUAUUUAAAAAAAUACAAGCAUUUGAGACUUUUGUAUUUUUCUUCUGGAGUUUUUUUAUUCAUUCACUGGCUUGACCAGCAAUUAUUACCUAUCCCUAAUUAACCUUGAGAAGGUGUGGUGAGCUGCCAUCUUGAAGAGCUGCAGCCCAUCUGUAGGUACACCGACAGUGCUAUCAGCAAGGGAGUUUCAGGAUUUUGACCCGACAAUGGUGAAGGAAUGGUGAUGUCGUUCCAUAUCAGGAAGGCAUAUGACUUGUAGAGAAAAUUGCAGAUGGUGUUCCCACAAAUCUGUUGCCCUUGUCCCUCUAGGUGGUACAGUUCACAAAUUUGGAACAUCCUGUCAGAGGAAUUUUGCUGAAUUGUUGCAGUGCAUUUUGUAGAUGGUAUACACUACUGCCACUGUGCAUUACGGUAGAUGGAGUGAAUGUUAAGUGUUAGAUGGUGUGUUAAUUAAGCAGGCUAUUGAGCUCCUUGAACACUGUUGGACCUGUGCUCAUCCAGGCCAAUGGCUAGUAUUCCAUCCCACCCUUGAUUUGUGCCAUGUAGGUGGUGGACAUAUUUUGAGGAAACAGAAGCUGAGUUACUCACUGCAGAAUUCCUGGCCCCCAUACUGGUCUUGUGACUACUGUAUUUAUAAUGCUAGUCCAGUUUAGCUUCUGUUUGGUCAAUCAUCUCUGCCCCAAUAACCAAAAACUGAACUGAACCAGUUUGGUUGAAAUGAUUGACCUUGGAUAAUUAAAGCUACUUUCCUUUGUACGAGGUAUGAGUGUAUCCAUUGAAGAGUUUCCUUUGAUUCCCAUUGACUUCGGUUUUCCUACGGUUCCUUAAUGCUACAUUCAAUUAAGUGAUGUUUUGAUGUCCAGGAAAGUCACCCUCAGUUCCCUUUGAGUUCAGCUGUUUUGUCCAUAUUUGGACCAAGGUGUAAUGAGGUGAGGAGCAGAGUGGACUUGGCAGAACACAGCCUGCCCACUGAUGUUCCGUUCAUGUUGAGUAAGUGCCACUUGAUAACACUGUUGAUGAUGCCUUCCAUGAUUUUCAUGAUUGUGAAUAGACUUGGUAGAGUGCUAAUUGGCUAGGUUGUAUUUGUUCUGUUUUUUGAAUGGGAAAUGACCUGGGCAAUUUGCCAGAUUACUGGUUAAUUUUAAUUUUCAUAACUAUUCUAGAAUAGCUUGAUGAGGAGCGUGGCAUUUUCUAGAUCACAAGUCUUCCCUACUAUUGCCCGAAUAUUGUCAGAGUCCAGAGCAUUUGCACUAACUGGUGUCUUCACCCAUUUCUUGUAUCACAUAGAGGGAAUUGGAUUGGCUGACGGCUAACAUCUGUGAUACUUAGGGACGUCAAGAGGAGGCCAACAUAGAUCAUCCACUUGGCAUUUCUGACUGACAAUUGUUGCAUAUGCUUCAGCAUGGUCUCUUGCUGUGAUUUGCUGAACCAUCAUUAAGGGUAUUUCUGGAGCCUCCAAGUGAGAUAUUUAAUUGUCUGCUGUUAUGCAUGACUGGAUGUGUUAGGACUGCAGAACUUGGAUCUAAUCCAUAGUUUAUAGGGUCCUUAACCCUGCUGGGUAUCCUCUGCUGUUUGCUUCAUCUCAUUAUUAGGUACAUCUGAUGAUCCUGAAAUGCUCUGCUGCAAUCUUCUUUGAACCAGGGUAGAUCCCAUGACUUAUUGAUAAUGAUAAAGUGGACAAUAUGCUGGGUGGAGGUUACAGAUUGUGGUGGAAUACAGUUCAGCUGUCGGCCCACAAUGCCUCGAGUACCAAGUCUAGAAUGGUUAGAACUGUUCUAAAUCUAUCUCAUUCACCAUAUUAUUAGUGCCACACAACAGAGGAGUAUCCUCACUGUGAAGGCAGGACUUUGUUCCCACAAAGACUUGUGUGGCGGCCACUCCUACAGAUGGUUGGGACAGGAGAUGACCACAGUUGGUGCUGGUCGUGUCUGAGACAUUAUCUUCAAGGUUUGAUUCUGUUAGGUUGUUGCUUGGCUAGUCUCAGCUCUCCCAAUAUUGGCACAAGUUCCUAGACGUUAGUGAGAAGGAUGUUGCAAGGUUGAUAUGACUGCAUGCCAUUGUCAUUUUUGGUGCCUUAGUUGAUCCCCAACUAAUCUGUUGGUUUUAUUUCUUUUAUCUGUUUCUAGUGGAUUAAUACACAGUGGUUACUAGCAGUUGAAAGUCACUUCAUUGCUAUGAUUCUGAAGUCAUGUACUACAGUUGAGGUGAGGAUAGUAGAUUGUCCUUACCUAAAGGACAUUGAAUGAUUGGAUUUGUAUGACAAUCGAUAGUGGUUUCAUGAUCGUUGUUAGGCUGGCUUUUAGUUCCAUAUUUAUUAAUUGAAUUCACAUUUUCACCAUAAUGUCUCCAAAACAUUAGCAUGGGUCUCCGAAUUAGUACUCCAGCAACAAGACCAUGGCACCAUCUCAACCCUUGACAAAAUUUAGGUUGACUGAUAGCCAGAUCACAAUAUAAUUGAGGUAUUUUGGACCUGAUGAUUUAAACUUUUCACUUGAGGCACUUUUAAGUGUUCCCACACUUAAUUGAUUCUUCUAUCACACUAAUUUUCUUUAAAUUAUAAUUUGUGCAAUAUAGUUUGUUUCCCCAUGAUGUCUAAAAUUUGAUCAGUCAAAAAGUUGAAGCUGAUCGAAGAUGCCCGUGAGAACAUCUAAUUUUGGGCAAAUGUUUUUUUAUAGAUACUUGGCUAAACAAUAUCACUGGCAUUUUGUUUGAUUAUUAGACUGAUUGUUAUCUAUGAUUACCUUUGUAUUUUUGUUUGAAUUUUUUUGUAGUUUUAAAAUAUAAACUUUUUCAUGGGACCAUGUGGCUUAAGUGUUUAAAGAUGAAAUGGUUUAUCUUUGUGUAGUUCUGAAUUUAUUUUUCAGUCUCUUUUAUUUUUCUGUUUUUUUGGCAUUUGUUAGCAUGGCAGCAGUCAAAACCUGCUGCAAUAGUUGCUUCUAAAUUAAAGCAAAAUACCAAGGAUGCUGGAAGUCCGAAACAAACACAGAAAAUGCUGGAGAAAUCAGCAUGUCUGGCAGCAUCUGUGGAGAGAGAAAUGGAGUUGACAUUUCAAGUCUAAUGUGACCACUUCUUAAAGUCCUGUUGGACUUGAAAUGUUAACUGUUUGUUCACUACAAAUGUUGCCUGCUGAGGUUCUCCAGCUUUUUCUGUUUGUACCAAUAUACCAACUUGGCCUUGAUUUGAACUGUAAAUUUUUAUAAUAAAGUUUAUAAAGGUCGGGUAUUAUAUAAGCAGUGUACUAUAACCAACUCCAAAUGGAGCUAAGUAAAAUGGAUGGUUAAAAAUCAGUUAAAACAGAAAUCAGACAUGCAAAUAAUGUAAUUUAGGUUCACAGAAGUGCAAAAAGAUUGUGUCCUUAGAGUUUAAUAACAUCCUUUUGUUAACAGUAUUUUUAGAUCAUUAAGUCCAUUGCUGUAUUCUUAACGGUAACACAUUGAACAAAAAUGUUGUCAUAUUUGGUUUGACUGACUGCACCAACAUGGAGUAACUUGGAUUUUGUUCAUCCAACCCUAUCUUCUUGUUUGUUUCCAUUGAUAUAAGUGGAUAUUAACACUAAUAUUGAUUAUAGAAUGUAUACAUGAUGGAUUUACAAUAGAUUUCAGCUCACUUUGUUAAUUCUUGGCUUUUUAAAUCUGUAUUUUUGUAUAUGCUUCAUCGAUUCAUUGAUUCAAAAUUGACACAUCUAAAUGUACUUUGUAAAAUUAAAUCCAAAGAGAUUA